CCGGCAUUCACAAGGAAACUCGAAGAAAAGCGGGGCCGAUGCAAUCAACAGUCAACACCCGUUGUCGGGUUCCAUUUGCGAAAGUGCACUUGUUACAAUCAAUUGGCAAGCCCAAACGCGUCGUCGCGUCUGCUGCUCUCCGAACUUCGUCGCCAUCGAGGUUAGUUUACAACACCUCGGACCAAGCUUCACAAAUCUGUAAUGCUACUAGAAGCCUGCGCCACACAUAGCAAUAAUUCCCAGGCGGGACAGCUUGCGACACUGCUUCAGCGCAUUCCAAACACCACCAUCACCACCUUCACCAUCCAUCUCUAACACCGACGCCCACCUCAAUCACAUCCCAUCCGUCGCAAUCCUCUCCGCCAAGCGAGGCCAGGCCCGACCUUCCUCCCAUCAAAAUGGCCGACCCAAACAACCCACCACAACCAGCCCGAACCCCCUCAAAACCCUCUUUUUCCUCCCAAAUCCCCGUCCGAGCCACUCCCGGCCUCUCCGUCGUACCAGCUCUCCCACGAGCCUACACCCCCGGCCCCAACGCCCGCGCAUACACCCCCGGCGCCCGCACCCCCCGCGGCCUCCUCCUUUCCGCACACAACACUCCCAACCCCAACGCAACCCCGCACGUCCGCGCCGCCUACCGCGCCAUCGACUCCCGACGCGCCGCCAUCCUCACGCCUCACCACGCGCGCCGGCGCUCGUUGCGCGAAGCCCGCGAGACCCCGCGUAAUUUCCUGCUGCAGUUAGGCAAAGUCUUGGCGCCCAAGAGUGAGAGGAUCCCGAGUAGUAGUUCGAGUCCUGCUUCGGCGCUUUCUGGAUCUGCUGCUGCUGCUGCUGCUGGGGGAAGACAAGAGCAAGAGGAGGGGGACACGUCGGAGGAGUUGACCUUUGACAUAUCCACGCGGAGUAGGUAUGGAGAUGAGGACGACGAGGAGGAGGAGUUGCCUAAGAGGCCGAGACUCAGCUUGGGCUUAGGGGUGGGGGAUGGGGAGGGCGAUGAUUGGGAAGAUGAUGAUGAACUGCCGCAACCACAUCGGAGUGCAGGACUCGAAGAUCUGACGGAGAACUUUACGGUGCAGAGUAUCGAGUUGCCGAGACGGGUGGAUCCGGAGAAGGAUCAACAAAGGAUGAGGGAUUCGAUGGGGCGGUUGAGUGAUUUCCCGCAGCUACAGCAACAACAACAACAGAGUGAUGGGAUCGAUUCGGGGUUCUUUCCGCCUGCUGCAAUUGAUGAGGACGACUUUGGAAAUGCCGAGGAUAGGAUACCGGAUGAGUUUAGCAGGCUGGACUCGGACGAGACGAGGAGACGGGAGACGAUAGGUGGGGAAGGAGGGAUGGGGCUGCUGCUGGGAGCUGGAGGGAGGGAUAGUGAUUUCCACAUUGAGGUGCCGGUGGGGAUGGACGAGAGCACGUUUAUGAUUGCUUCGCCUACGAGGCAGUUUGAGAUGGGUCAAGCUGCUGAAGCGGCGGCAACAAGCGGCCAAGGUGGAGGUUUCGCGGAGUUGAUGGACCAGAGGAGCGACAGUUACGACAACAAUGACGAUGACGGAAAUGAUGUUGGACCAGCAUACGACGAUUAUGAUAACGACGACGGUAUGGCCAUGGAUCUGGAUAACAACCAAGACGACCAGGGCCAGGCAGGCUCGGAUGAGGAGAUGACGAGAUUAUCAGGCUACACACCAACGGCGGCGAGGGUAUCACUUUCAGCUUCGGCGGCGCGGGAGAAACUCGGAUUGUUUCGGGAAGAGGGUGGUGAACGAGGGGGCUUCUCCAAGAUCAAAGCCACCAAAAAGAUCUCCAAACACGGCAUCGAGUACACAUCAUUACCUCCGGCCAUGAUCAAGCGGCUGGCGCAAACAUUCGCCAAGACGAGCGGCGCGAAGGGAAACAUCUCGCCUGAGGCGCUCAAGGCAAUCAUGCAGGCUUCGGACUGGUUCUUUGAGCAGUUGGGAGAUGACUUGUCGGCGUACGCAAAGCACGCCCAUCGCAAAACUAUCGAUAUGAGUGAUAUGCUUACAUUGAUGAAGAGACAACGUCAAACCAACGCACAAACCACGCCGUUUGCCUUGGCGCAACGAUACCUUCCCAGAGAGCUCCUCCAGGAACUGAGGAUGACGCCGCCUGUUCCGGUCAAGAAGCGCCGAAAGGCUGCCUCUUCUAGCCGUGCUGGGGUUGGCGGCGAAGACGAAGAGGUGACGUGAGAGUGUUUGUUACCAUUGAUGUGUGACAAAGCAAAGCUAUCACUGCCCACUCACAAACUCAUGUUUACCAGCUCUUGUUCAUGCGAACGCGCUUGGUAAUCUGGUUCGCAGGCUUCUUGACCACGAGCCAGAACAUGAUGGAGGUGGCAGCAGCGAGACCGUACCUAAGUACCAGUUAGUCGGGCACUGAUAUGCGAUACCGCAGGGGUACGUCAAGAAUUGGAAGGAGGUGAAGCAUCGCUUAAGAACAUACCAAGUAAAGAUGUACUGCGCAUGGUUGUUGCGAAGGUUGACCUCGGCGACUCUACCGAUAGGGAUACCACGCGCCUCGUAGUCAUAGACGGUGAUAAUAUCGGGAACUGCGCACAAACAUACGUUAGUACCAUACCUAGCUAGAAUAGCCAUCAUACCAUUAUAGGACGCAGGCCAGGCCAGCCACGUCCAAAACUGGCAGAGAAGAAAACAGAGAUACCCACCAAUAGUCUGCUC